AUGAUUGGCGUGAUCCUCGUCGCUCUCGUUAUUCUCUAUUUGACCUAUGAACUCUAUUGGAAGAGGCGGAACUUACCACCAGGUCCAACUCCUCUUCCCUUAUUCGGAAAUCUGCUUGACGUGAUGAAGAACAGUCCCGGUUAUGAGGCUUAUCAGAAACAAGUGUUAUCCCUUUCUUCUAGGUGGUUGUUUGGACUCGUGUUCUCGGAAGGUGAUCUUUGGAGAGAGCAGAGACGUUUGACUUUGCACACUUUACGAGAUUUUGGGAUGGGAAGAAAUAUAAUGGAAGAACGGGUGAUGGUCGAGGUCGAUUUCUUGUUGGAGAAAAUGGCAAAACAAGAUGAGAUUCGGAUACAGGCAGAACUAGACCUCGCUGUUGGCUCAGUGAUCAACGGAAUUCUUUUCGGGUAUCGAUUUGAUGAAGAUCACGAACACGAGUAUAGAUUGGUAAAAAAUUCUCUUCGAGAUUUUGUUAAAGCCGGCUCGAGUCCAUUAUUCACUGUCGCUUGUAUCUCAUCAUUGAUUCGUCAAAUUCCUCCAUUCAAAGGAGCCUACGCCAAUAUACUGGCACCAAAUGAUGUUCUUUAUAAUUUUAUUCGAAAGCAAAUUGCCGCAAAGAGGAAACAAGUCGAUUUCGAUAGUGAGACAUCUAACGACUUUGUUGAGAGUUACCUAAAGGAAUGGGAAAGAAAGAAGGGCACGCCACAAGAAGAAUUUUAUUUUGAACGCCAGCUCGAGGCACUGAUCUUUGAUAUUUGGACGGCUGGACAGGACACAACGUCAAACACAAUCGCUUGGACAAUCGCCUACAUUCUCCAUCAUCCCAAAGUUGAAGAGAAAAUCCACGAGGAAUUAGAUCGAGUCAUCAAAUCCGACAGAAAGAUCACCCUCGCCGACAAGAAUUCGCUUCCCUAUGUGAAUGCUGUGAUCAGUGAAUCGCAAAGAUUGACCAAUCUUCUCCCUCUGAAUGUUCCCCGAAGAACAACGGAGAAUGUGGUGAUUAAUGGAUACAAGUUACCAGCGGAUACCCUUGUCGUCCCACAAAUCUGCUGUGUUAUGUACGAUGAGAAGGUCUUCCCCGAUCCCUACAAAUUUGAUCCAUCUCGUUUCUUAAACUUGGAUGGCUCUUUGAAGACGUAUCCUGAACUUAUCCCUUUUUCUAUUGGAAAGCGCUCGUGUCCUGGUGAAGGAAUGGCAAAAGUUGAACUCUACCUCUUCAUUGCCAACAUUUUUCAACGAUUCAAAGUCUCAGCCAAAAAACUUCCAUCUUUGGAGAAAGAGUUGAACAAUGUUGUCAUCCCGAAAACAUUCACUUGCCAAGUCGAAUCAAGGCAUCGA